AUGUUGCUUCUUAGCUGCUUCGGCUGUUUGAGCGAUUUGUCUUUUGGAGCAUUCUGGAGCAUAUGGGACAUAGGAGCAUGGAGGGACUUGGCACAUGGAAGCAGCUCAACUGGAUACGCAAAGGAAGAAGGGAGAAGCCAUCUUGAAGACCAGCUCGACCGUCUACUCGACCAACCGGUCGAGUUCCUCAACUCGACCGGCCAAGCUUCAACUCGAUCGAGCUGA